CUGAAAGCGACUUAAAUGGUUUAAGUAUUCGUAUUUUAAAACUUAAAAAUGGCUUACCCAUCUCGAAGUCUUGGAGAUAUAUUGGAAGGUGUGAAGCAAGAUCCUAAGCAUUUGCGCAAUCUAUCCAAUAUCUACAAGUUGGAGCUGGAUUUGCGGAGGAGAGAAUAUGGUCAAAGGGAGGAUGUCGCCCACUCUCGCGUCCUGUUGAGGGAAGGUCCUGAUAUAUUGGCGUCUUUCAAAAAGGACGCGGCAUCUCUUGGUUAUUUCAAUGUAAUUGUGCCAAGCACGUUUUACGAUGUACCUGCACCUCUUCAAAAUCAAGCUGACACAGAUAUAUGCGAUCUAAGUACCUACCUGGUAGUUCCGGACAAUCCCGAUUUAAAAUCAGCAUCUACAGACAAAAUGUAAAUUUGAUAUCCCAAUAAAAUAUUCUUUGUUGGCUUUACGGCUUACAGGCUCUGCCAGUUAAGAAAUCAAA